UGGGCCUUUGAGAAGGAAGGCCAAAUUAGAAGAUUCAUUAGGGGCACAUUUGUGGAGAGAGGAGGGCAUUGGUUCAAAGGAGGGAGGAUGGAAAAGAAGAGCAAAUUAAUGUGUUUGAUAUGCUUGGGAUUUAUCUCCAUUUUCUUGUGUUCCUCAAAGAGCUUCAAUAUUUGAGUGGCCCUUUCUUUGCCCAUCUCUUCAAGCUGCAUUUGUGCUUUGUAGCAGCAGUAGUAAACUGGUAAAUAAACUUAGGGCAAAAUCAAUAAAUCAGUACAACCUAGGGCAAAAUCAAUAAAUCAGUAGUAAACUUGAAUGCGACCUCAUAUUCCUUACUGAAAAUGGUCCGAUGAUUUAUGGCACUAUUUCAGGAACUCAAGCUUCAGAGUUUUAGGGUUUCAGAAGAUCGGUUUGUUUGUUGCAGCAGCAGCAGUGUCAGUCUGGUUGGGCGACUUUGUAGCUUGAGUAGUUUCUUCAAUGGCGGAUUCUUUCGCUCACAGGCCCCUGCUCUGAAUUAAUUUGUCUUCUAUGGGUCAUAAGAAGCGGAGCCAGACCAAGCCUUCUCCUAUUCAGGGCUAUGGCCUUGAUGAGGAGGAGGGCCCUGCCAUGGCCAUCGUUGAACCUGAAGCCAAAGUCAAGGCCAGGAAAGCAGAAAAACCGAAUGGAAUGGGAUCCGAGGUAUCCAUUACAAGCCCCAAUUCUUCAGUCAAAGCUGACUGUGAGAGAGCCCUAAUGGCUCUGAGGCGAGGGAACCACACCAAAGCCCUCCGCCUGAUGAGGGAUUCAUGCUCAAAAAAUCCUGAUUCUGCCCUCUUGCAUCGUGUUCAGGGCACUAUUUUUGUGAAGAUUGCGUCACUGAUUGAGGACCCAAACAGCAAGCAGAAGAACCUCAAGAAUGCCCUUGAAUCAGCCAAAAAGGCAGUGAUUCUCUCCCCGGGAUCAAUUGAAUUUGCCCAUUUCUACGCGAACCUAUUGUAUGAGGCCUCGAGCGAUACCAAGGACUUUGAAGAAGUGGUUCAAGAAUGUGAAAGGGCACUCUCGAUUGAAAACCCAAUUGACCCAGGUAAGGAGAACCUGCAAGAGGAGAGCCAGCAGAAGCUAUCCACUCCAGGGGCUCGGAUCGCCCACGUUCAGCAGGAGCUGAGAUCGCUAGUUCAGAAAGCAAACAUAGCCUCUAUAUCAGCGUGGAUGAAGAACUUGGGCAAUGGAUCAGGGGAGGAGAAAUUCAGAUUAAUACCCAUGAGAAGGCUCUCUGAAGAUCCAAUGGAGGUGAGGGUCUCACCCAGCAGGCGCCCAAAUGAAAUAAAGAAAAUCACAAAGACCGAAGAAGACAGGCGCAAGGAGAUUGAGGUUCGGAUCGCUGCUGCUCGACUUUUGCAGCAGACACCCCUUUCGUCUUCCUUGCAAGAAAAGGGUGGGGAGAGCUUAAGCAGUUCUGACAAUCAUCAUCCACGAAGAAGGCCUGGAAGUAACAGAAAGAGCUCGAAUGCUGUGGGUUUAGAUAGAAUGGACCAGUUCAGAGUGUACUGGGGCACCAUGGGUCCUGAUAGAAUAAGGAGAGAGUUUUUGAUGGUGGAUAUUGGGGAUUUGAGGGAUUAUUGCUCUGCUUCCUCCUCAUCCAGGGAUGGUUUGUCUAUGGAUCUCUUAUCAGAGUCGUUUUCCUUUUUUCAAGCAAAUAAGACUUGGGUGUUUUGGGUUUGCUGCCAGUGUAAUGAGAAGUUUGUCGAUGCUGAUGUGCAUCUUCAGCAUGUGGUCCGCGAGCACAUGAGGAACCUAUCUCCGAAAUUACAGAUGAUUUUGCCUCAGGAAGUCGAUAACAUAUUGGUUGAGCAGCUUUUGCAUGGUUCUUGGAGGCCUGUGGAUACCCAUGCUGCCAUAAAAUUGGUUACUACGACUUCUGGUUUCAAGGACUGCUCUUUGGGUGAUGGUACCAUAGCAGAAGAAGACACACGGGGCUAUGAGGACGAAAAUGGAUCUGCAAUGUGUAUACCUAGUAGCCCAGAGGCAGUCUGGAGGGAAGGGACCUCAAAUUCAGGGGUAGUUAGCUCUGAAACUCUUGGUGAAGGCACAAAUUGUGAGAGAACACUAUCAGAAAUUGAACACGGUAGGUGGUCUCACUCUAGUUCUAAGGAGGCACUCGCUGUUGAGAACUGGCCAUUAUCAGAUGAUGCUGAGCGUCUGAAGCUCCUUGAGAGAAUCCAUGGCAUGUUUCAAGUUCUACUGAUGUACAAGUGUCUUGCUGCAGGCCAGCUCCAUAAGGUGAUUCAAUAUACCCUCGACGAGCUUCAGGGUAUUAUGCCAAACGUUGCUGCAAUUUGUGAGACCCCGCUCUGUAUCUGUUUCUUGGAUGUUGCUCAGCUUCAAAAGGUUCUGAAGUUCUUACAAGAGCUUUCACACUCUUGUGGGCUGGGCAGGAAUUCUGAUAAGAAUAACUCAUCAGAAGAGGGAGCAGAUGUUGGGGAGGGGGAGAGGAUUACAGAGAGAAUAGAGUUUGAUUCAUCAUGCCUUCUAUUGGAUGAUCAGUUAUUGAAAACUGAUGUUGGUAAGAAUGAUGAGAGAGAAAGUUCUGGUGGUUCAGAUGCCUUGCUAUCUUGGAUUUUCAUGGGUCCAUCUUAUGGCGAGCAGCAUUUGAAAUGGGUACGACUCAGAGGGGAGAAGGCCCGACGAGGAAUCGAAUUGCUUCAGAUGCUCGAGAAAGAGUUUGACCUCUUGGAGAGCCUAUGCAAGAGGAAAUGCGAACACCUGGACUAUGAGGAGGCCCUGAAUACUGUGGAAUGCCUCCGUGUCGAAGAAUUCAAGAGAAGGGAGGAACAUGUGACGAAGUUGGGUUCUCGAACCUAUGAGGCAUUGCUGAGGAGGCGACAAGAAGAACUCAUUGAGCGGGAAAAUGAUCUGCCCUGUAAUAAGAUAGAGCUAGAUGCUAUCGCCAACAUUCUUAAGGAGGCCCAAGCACUGAGCAUGACCCAGUUUGGAUACGAUGAGACACUAUCGGGUGUUACUUCUCGUCUCUCUGAUUUAGAUUGUGCAGAUGAUGAGGAAUGGAGGAUGCAGGAUUUCUUGCAUCAACCUGACUCCUGUAUUGAAGUAGCCAUCCAAAGGCAGAAGGAACAUCUCUCUUUAGAGCUCAGUAAAAUUGAUGCAAAAAUCAUGAGGAAUGUCUCUGGCAUGCAACAGUUGGAGAUUAAGCUUGGUCAAGUCUCCUGCCUGGAUUACCGUGCAGUUAUACUGCCUCUUAUCAAAUCAUUCUUGCGGGCACACUUGGAGGAGCUGGUGGAUAAAGAUGCCACUGAAAAAUCUGAUGCUGCAAGAGAAGCUUUCCUUACGGAACUUGCGCGUGAGGCUAAAAAGAAUACCAAUAGUGGAGGUGAUUUUACAAAGCAAGUACAAGAUAAGUCAAAGGAUAAGAAGAAGAAUAAGGAUUACAGAAGAUCAAAAGAGUUCAAGGGUCCUGCUGUUAACGAGCAACAUGUCCUUCAACGUGAAACGUCAGAUAAGUUUAAUUUUGUUGAUGCUGUUGCUGAUGAUCGGCAAGAAUCUGAGGUUAUUGAUGCAGUCACUGCUGAUGACUCGAAGCAGCAAGAAGAAGAAUUUAAACGGCAAAUUGAACUUGAGGCAGAGGAGAGAAAGCUGGAAGAAACAUUGGAAUAUCAAAGGAGAAUUGAAGAAGAGGCCAAACAGAAGCACCUUGCUGAGCAACAUAAAAGGGUUUUUGCAAAAUGCUUGGACAAUGUAGCAGAGAGAGGGCUUUCUCUUAGUGUGAAGGUGGACCACAAGACAGUGGAGCCCAUCAGACACUCUAAAGAGGUUAGCUUCUUUGCCAAGGGAUCCCCUUUGGUUGGGAAAGAGAUGAACUUUGGCCAUGACCUUCCUCCUGCUAUUGUUCCUUCUCCUUCUGACAAUUGGGAUGCUGGGCUGCAUAAAUCCAUAAAUAGUUUUGGAAGCAAUGAGUUGCUGCUGAAUUCGGUAGAGAAGUUCUCAUUUUCUCAUGAUGAGAAUUCUCCAGCAUUGCAUUCUGAUCAAGAAACAUUUGUGGAUACGAACAUCAAAGCGCGAAAAGAGUCAGCAAGCUCAUGUGUGGGUCCUGCUGAGAGAACUUCAAUUUCUGCUAGUUCUUCUGACAACUCUAACAAUAAAAAAUAUCAGAGAACAAAUAACUUUGGUCAUACCAAGUCCAAGCCAGAGUUUUCUUCCCAAAGAGAUGGGGAGUUUGGUGCUUCACAGUCCGUUAGGAGGGCAAAAGGACAAGGAAACAGACAAGCCACCCGUACGAAAUCACUUGGACAGAAUCCUAGGCUACCAUCACCUGGGAUUGAAAGCCAUAGAAUCGAGAAUAUGGCAGUUGAAGGGAACACAAAAGAACGGACUCGGGUAGUGGAUCCAAACCUAUCAUGUGGUGGUGACAAGGAAAAUGGCAUCAAGACUCUAAGACAGUUGCAUGCCGAAGAGGAUGACGAAGAACGUUUCCAGGCUGACCUCCAAAAAGCUGUACGGCAGAGUCUUGACAUAUAUCAAGCACAUCAUGGUUUGCCCCUGCCUGGGGGACAAUCAAAGAGAGUGCUCAAACAAAUGGAUGGUAUUGAAAUUGUCCCAAAUGGCGCCAGAGUAGGUGUUCUGAACCAAUCUGAUGUAAUUGGGACCGGCCUGCAAAAUGAAGUUGGUGAAUAUAACUGCUUUUUGAAUGUUAUCAUACAGUCCUUGUGGCAUAUAAGACGAUUCAGGGAUGAAUUCCUUGGGAAGCCAAGCUCGCUGCAUGUGCAUGUUGGAGAUCCUUGUGUUGUAUGCGCUUUGCAUUAUAUAUUUACUUCCAUGAGUGUUGCAUCAGCGGAAAUGCGAAAGGAAACUGUGGCCCCUACUUGUUUGAGAGUUGCUUUAAGCAACUUAUAUCCUGAUAGCAAUUUCUUUCAAGAGGCACAGAUGAAUGAUGCGUCAGAAGUCUUGGCAGUUAUUUUUGACUGCCUGCAUGGGUCAUCUACUUCUGGUUCCACUUUCUCUGAUGCUGAGUCAGAGGGUAGUUGUAUGGGGUCAUGGGAUUGUGCAAGCAGCACUUGUGUGGCACACACUCUUUUUGGGAUGGACAUCUAUGAGCAGAUGAACUGUUCUGGCUGUGGAUUGGAGUCCCGACACCUAAAAUACACUUCAUUCUUUCACAAUAUAAAUGCAAAUGCUCUCAGAACAAUGAAGAUUACAUGUUCAGACAAUUCAUUGGAUAUGCUUUUGAAGCUCGUGGAGAUGAAUCAUCAGUUAGCUUGUGAUCCUGAGGCUGGUGGUUGUGGACGACUUAACUAUAUUCAUCAUAUUUUAUCAGCGCCUCCACAUGUAUUUACCAUUGUUUUGGGUUGGCAAAAUACUUCUGAAAGCCUAGAUGACAUAUCCGCUACAUUGGCAGCCCUUACCACAGAAUUGGAUAUAGGUGUCAUAUACAGGGGCCUUGAGGAAGGCAACAAGCAUUGCAUAGUGUCUGUGGUAUGUUAUUAUGGGCAACACUACCACUGCUUUGCUUAUAGUCACGAGCACGAAAAGUGGAUCAUGUAUGAUGACAAAACUGUUAAGUUAGUGGGUGGAUGGAAUCAGGUCCUUGACACAUGUCAAAGAGGGCAUUUGCAACCACAGGUUCUCUUUUUUGAGGCCCUUCAAUGAGAGUAUGCCGAAUUUAAAAGCUUGUCAAAGCCUAUUCUUUCUGGUUGCUGUUCUGGUUUAUUGGAAGUAACCAUGAUUUAAGUUGAUCUACGGCCAGGCCUCUGGUACUUAAGGAAAAAGGGGUUCUGAAUUUUUGGGUCACUUGAUACGAUAAUUUAUUCCAGAGCAUGGAAGAGUGGUGGCAAUCCUUUGCUACUUUGUGAAAUCUACUUUCUAAGAUUGUAUGGUUGUGACCUUCUCUGGGUGCUGUAUGGGAGAUGAUACUGUCUCAGUGAAUGUGCAUUUGCAUGAUGGUAUGCGCUCAUAAAAGGAUGGGAAUUAAACUGCUAAAGGUGGCCAACUUAUGAAAACGAAAAAUAAUGACAAAAAAGAAAGAUGGUAUCCUUGGUCUUGACAGCAUGGCUCUAAUGGUGUCCAGUUGGUGUUAAGUUAGAUUUAGAUGGUUGAUUGGAAGGAUCUUACGAGUCAAAUCCCAACUUAACAGUCAAGGUUGUGCCUCGAAGAACACCAUCAGACUCUAUUACUUCUCCUGAUCGUGCUACCUUAAUGCAGGAGUAAAAAUCAAUAUUUAUUCCCUGCUGACAGGCCAUGUGGCAUGGUUUAAGGCCAACGUACCCACGGGAAUGUAAACAGAAGAUUGUGUAUUCCCUUAUGGUGGACUGUGAAGAAAUGAUAGUGAAAAUUCUUUUUUUUGUUUUUUUUUAUAAUGCCCCCUUCAUAGUUGCGAAUGUAAUGUUUCUUCUAUCAGUGGGGAUUUGAGCUGGUCAGGGCAGCACGACAGGGCGAUCUCUUAGUUCUUUUUUUCUCACAAUCUAUUGUUCAUAUUCUUGAAUAUACAGACGCCCCUUGAAGUGGGUCAUUUCAGUUAUUUUAAUUAAGUCAGGCAUUUCCAUGAUUGAAUGGAAAAAAUUUCUGAUUUUAGGAACCACUGUUAUUUGGAAUGCAAGAAUACUUUGUGAUAUCUUGUUAAAA